AUGUAAUCAAAUACACCUGAAAUUCUGAUGAGGAAUUUUGAUUUUUAUAACAAUGCAACUUGGCAACAAGUCAAACCCAAAAUUAAAGCCAUUAUUGAGUAAUUUUAAUAAUAAUCAAAGCCAUAAAUUGAAGAUCUUAAAUCAUUCUAUCAAGAUCUUGAGUAUGAUCACUCUUUUAUUUAAUGGAUGUUUCCUAACUUUUAUGCAAGUAAAUUCAACCCAAACUCUUAUAAACUAACACUAGAAGAAAGAAAUAGAAUGAUUAAAUCAGAAACAAUCCUAAAGAGAUUUCAUAAAAACUACAUAUUAAUUUUACGAUUCUUUGGAAUCUUAUCAAAAUCUAAGUAAGAUAAUGAAAGUAAUUAAUAUUCCCAACCACAAACACAGGCUAUUUAAAAAUAAUAAAACCCAAAAGAUUUAACUAUAAGCGUAAAAGAAUCGCAAAAUAGUAACCAAAAAUAAAGUGAAAACUCUAUGAUCAAGUAAACUAAAAUUGAUUAAUUCAUAAAAUCUAAUUAGUAAAUUACUAAGGAUGAAUAAUAAUAAUAAAGUUCAGAGUAGUAGAAGACAGUAUGCAUUUAGAAUGAUAUUCAAACUUAGAAUAAUAAUCUACUUUAGAAAAUUGAACAAAUUCAGAAUACUUAAUAAUAAGAAUUAGCAUUAGUUGACAAAAAUUAAUUUGAAUUGUGUUGUUUAAGAAAUACUCAUAAUUUAUUGAGAUUGAAGAGAAUUCUGUCAUCCUUGAGUGUGUUGAAACAUAGAAAGGAAGCAAUUCAACUUUGUUAGUUUUUGAAAAAAGAGUUGACUAAUUUGGGAAGAGAGAAAGUCUAUCAGGAGUAUUUUAGUGGGUUCGAUAGAUAUAAUGAGGAAUUAACUACAAAGGAGUUCAAAAAGAAGAAAGGAGAGGAUCGAUUUUUCAAUGCUUACAAGUUGCUUUAUGUGGACGAAGAUUUGGUUGAGAAAGUGGACAUUUCAAUAAUUUAAUGA